AUAGAUUUAAAAAAAAUCUUACGGAAAAUUCUAAAAAUCUUGAUCCUCAGUCAAAAAUGAUUGCAAAGGAAACACAUAAAGUAAACAAAGGCGAGUUCAAAAUUUCUCUCUCAUACGAUGAAUUUCAAGAAAAAGAUUUAACAGAUCCAAAACCAGAUAACAUUUCUGUUCGAGGAAAAGUAUUUAAAAAAAUGUUAAAAGAAACUAUACAAGUUGCUUGUGUACCAUUUAAUGCGCAACUCUAUUACAAGGAUGAAAAGGAUGAAUUGGAAGCAACUUUAGCAAUCUUGAGUAAAUUACAUUCAUCAGAUAGUAUUAUAAAAUUUCAUGGCACAUCACGUGUUAAUGAUAAGGAUGUAUUAAUAUUUGAUUGGGCACAUAGGGGAAAUUUAAAAUAUGUAUAUGAAGAAUAUAAUAAGCAAAAUAAACUGAUUCCUUGGAAAAAAAAAUUAAAGAUUGCAUAUGAUAUCUGCCUUGGACUGCAAUUUUUACAUAAAUGUGAAUUUUAUCAUCGUGAUGUUAGAUGCAAAAAUAUAUUGAUUAUGGGGCCAGGAAUUGCCACAGCAAAAAUUGCAAACUUUUUUUUAAGUAGAAAUUUUGGAGACAUUAGUAGACAAUUUAA